GUAACCUUGCUUCCCGCUUGCGGACGGCACGGCGGCAGCAGCGAGUCUCCUGGAAAACUGAAAUUGUAGAAAAUUACGAUAAACACCGACGAGCGAGAGGAGCACUGACUGGCGGAGAUACGCCGGAGAGAGAGGAGAGGAGGAGGAGGAGGAGGAGGAGGAGCAGCGCGGUCCGCGGUCCGCCCGUGCCGGAGCAUGCCAAGCCCUUCCCCUCCUCGGACAGCCUAGCCAAGGUGCAGGAGGUAGCAAGCUGGCUUUUAGAGAUGAACCAAGAUCUGCUGUCGGGGGGCAGCAGGCGGCGGCGCCCGGGGGGGUCUGCCAGAGCUAGCGCCUCCUCGGCGAGGGCGGCGCACGAGACGGGCGAUGAGGGCGAGGAGGAGGAACGCAUGGACCACCGGGUACUUGAGGAGGAGGAGCUGCGACAGGCCCCGCCUCCGAGGGGGGUGGCUGCUAGCGGGGCCAGAGAGGCUGAGCUUUGGGCCUCGAGGCAGUCGGGGUCUGGCGACCCCCAGAACGAGGUGAAUGGGGAAGGGAAGGGACCCCGCUGGGCUUGGGUGCCGGAGCGCCGGCUGCUGGAAGACGCUGAGGAAGAAGACUACGAGGAGGAGGAGAACAACAACAGCAGUGGAAGCCGCCACGCCCAGGAGGAGGACUGCGAUGAGGAGGAUGAGGAAGAGGAUGAGGAGAUGGACCAGGAUAGCGACGACUUCGAGCACUCUGAGGAAAGCGCCAGGGCGGAAGAGGACGAGGAGGAGGAGGAGGAAGAGGAAGGCAUCCACUCACCCGCGCUCAGGAACAGCGUCUCUGGCGCUAACGACAACGCAGACGUGUCAUCCAGACGGCAACGGGCCAACCAGCCACCACGCUUUCAGAAGGAGGCAUUAGGAUGGCAAAGUCAAGGUGACCAAUGGUGCCAGGACCUGACCGAGGCGUCGCUGUCCAAGUCCAGGGGGACUUUAUAG